GCAUUGCUACGGCGUCGAAACGUGGCAGUAAAUGCGGCGCUGUUGGCAGUUUCCUUAAGUUCAUCUAUUCAACGAUCUUCCAGCUUACUAGUUGUCUUUGCGUUUACGUCCUUUCAGGUUACUGUACUUAGAGCAGAAUGAACUACCACUUCCUUUUGGCAGCUGUAGCUGCUCUGCUGGUCAGCACUUGUGCCGACGACGAAUAUGAAGCUGCACGUCUACUAGUAUCUAAACAGAUCCUUAACAAAUAUCUUGUAGAAAAUAUGGAUAUUGUUGUAAAGUAUACAGUUUACAAUAUUGGUAAUGCAGCAGCACUCGAAGUUGAAAUAACUGAUAACUCCUUCCAUCCUGAUAAUUUUGCUCACGUUAGUGGAGAACUCAAUGCUAGAAUUGAUCGUGUCCCACCAUACACAAACGUCAGUCACGUAGUUGUCGUAAGGCCACGCAAAUUUGGUUACUUCAACUUUACCGCUGCUGAAGUUCUAUAUCGUCAUAAGGAAGAUGCCCCGAGGUUGCAAGUUGCAGUAAGCAGUGAACCUGGUGAAGGCUUGGUCGUAUCCUUCCGUGAUUACGAUAAAAAGUUCUCAUCCCAUGUUAUUGACUGGGCAGCAUUUGCAGUUAUGACUCUGCCGUCCCUAGCAAUCCCAUUCGCGUUAUGGUACUCGAGUAAAAGAAAGUAUGAAAAACUAUCAAAGAACUCUAAGAAGCACUGAAGAGAUUUAGGAAAAGUUAAAAAUUAUCACACAUACAUACACGAUCUACAACAUCUCUAGAUCGUUAACAACAAAUUAUUUUCUCUUGCAUGACUGUGAGAUCGCGUGACUGUUUCAUUACACAUGCCGAAUUUUUGUAAUAAAUAUUAUUUAUGAAUAACUACCAA